AUGGCUCUUCCUCACUGGCUCCUCACUUCUGUGCUCUUUCUGCUGCCCUUCAUAACACAUGUUUCAGCACAGCAACAAGGAUGUUCCGUUGAUAAUAGCAAACCAAGCGUUUAUGAAAAUAACCCUCCUGGCUAUGUGGUGACCACUAUCCAUGUGGAACCAGGCUACACUGUGAUGAUUGAUCCUAAUUCCCCUGAUGUCAGUUUUUUCACUAUACAGGGGUCUGAGCUGCAGCUGAACCAAAGUGUGGACUAUGAGAAGGACACCUUGCUGCUGGUGUCCCUGAUCUGCCAGAACGAUGCUGGGCAGAGUGAUUAUUUGAACAUUUUUGUGACCAUUCUCAACAUGAACGAUAACAGCCCAGUGUUUAAGGAAACGAAUCUCACCAGAGUUAUUCCUGAGGAUACAAAGGUGAAUACAACCAUUGUAGCUCGUGAAGAUUUGCGUGCUAGUGAUGCUGACCUGGACACCAUCUUUUAUGAACUCUCAACAACAGUGCUGGGCACAGACGGUUAUUUUGCCAUAAAAGGAGUUAAUAACCCAGAAAUUUAUUUACAAAAAGCAUUGGACUACGAGAAAUUUAAAUUGACAACGUUGGUCUUGUAUGCAAGGGACAGGCCUGUGGGCAGCAACGACGCCACCAACACAGCUACCGCAACGAUAAACGUGUUUAUUGAACAAGCUGACACCAAAUCACCCUGGUUCCUGCCCUGUACUUUCAUUAACACGGACCACAGCAUUUGCAUCAGCAGCCCCUAUAUUGGGAGGGUCAAUAUCUCCGAGAUGUCGACGGAACCACUCACCCUAGAGCCGGGGCCAAUCUACGCUAUUGAUCCUGACUACACUUUAAAUGAAAAAAUCGUGUACAGUAUUGUUGGUGGGAAUACAGACAAAGUAUUCUCCGUGGAUGCAGACACCGGGAAUCUAACUAUGAACAAAGCAGCGACCUCCCCGGACCGUUAUCUGUUGCAAGUCAUGGCCACCCAGGUCAACAACAUACAGAAAUACUCCAUAGUCAGUGUAGAGAUUAAGGUCAUCAAUAAAAGUGAUUUUGCACCAUACUUUGAGAGCAGGAUCUACAACGGGACAGUACUUGUUGGUCUGGCCCCAAGAAGCUUUGUAUUCCAAGCUGGUGAGACUUCAAGACCCCUAAUGAUAACAGCAGCGGAUGAUGAUUUCCCGAAUAAAGUCAACCCAAACAUUGAGUACUACAUAAAAAACAGCACGGAUUUCAUUGCAACCAGAGAUGGACUCAUCCUGACAAACGUGAUGCUGCAGACACCGGGAACUGUAACCAUCGAGGCUGUUGGAAAAGACACGGUGAGUCUGCAGGAGGCAAGCACUGUAAUCGUGGUGGAGGUCAUCCUUGCCACAGCUGUAACCUCCUCUGAUAAGAUACACACUGCUCAGGACAUGGCUAUCUUAGGUGGUACAUUAGCAGCACUGCUAUUAAUUGCCUUAGCCUUCCUUGGCGUGAUGAUAUACAAACAGUAUGGAAAACCAGUCAAACACAUGGUAAGGAAAAAGUUCUGCAAGGACAUCUCUGGGGGUUACCAGAACCAAUCUGACGAGCAAGAUGAACACCCAGACAUGAGCACCAAACAGCAUGAGACGUCAGAAAACAGCAGUGUCCAGUCGAUGACACAUGCGCUAGAGCAGCCAGCACUUCCCUUGCCCUCUUCCAAUGCAGAAGAAAUUGAUAGCCUCCGAGAGGCUUCUAGAGCUUCCACCAUCAUCUUUGACCAGGAAGAGAAAGAGGAAGAAGUGGAAGAAAAGACUGAGCAUGAGAAAGAAGUGAAGUCUAUCCUCAAGACAGACAGGCAUGUGCCAGAUGAUGGCUACAAAGCUGUGUGGUUUAAGACUGAUGUGGAUCCAGAUGGAGAGAGGGUUCAAGUGAUAGAGGACAAUGCAGCACAUGGCGAUGAUGACAGUGACGAAGAUCUGCAGAAGAACGAGGAGGAGGAAGAUUAUGACAAGGACGAUCACCACAGAGGGCUGGGAAUGUCCUUUGCUUCAGAGAGCUCAUCACUCCCAGAUGCAGAAAUGACAGUCAACAUGUCUCACACAGAUGCAGUGACAGAAGAGGACACUGACAUAUAA